CCAACCAUCACUUGUCACCACCCGAUAGACCAAACACCAACAUGGCCGACGACGAGCUGGCGACACGUGCCCCCGAGAGCGACGCUCACGAGACGACUGCGACGACGACGACGACGACCGAGACGAGCCCCAUUCCUGGCGAUAGCAAAGCAGAUCAGGGUGCCGCGAGCUUGGGGGAACACUGCACUACCGAUCGCCCCACGCCAUCUGGCGAGCAACCGACCGGCGAGAUUGCCAAAUUCAACGAUGUCGACACAUAUAUCGCAAAGCCUGCAGACUACCCUCACACGCCUUCCAAGCUGCUCCUGCUCUUGACCGGCGGCACCGGCAUCCAUUCCGUCAAUAACCAACUUCAAGCCGACAAAUUUGCCGCAGAAGGCUUCCUUGUCGCCAUGCCUGACCAAUUCGCCGGCGAUCCCGCCACCUCGGUGUCACAUAAUACGACAACACCUGCCGAACAGAAUCCCAGCAUUCUCGAGCAAGUCAAGCUUGGCAUCGCCUCUGUUGCCAAGUCCUUCACCAUCGACAUGUGGCUAGCUCGUCACACCUCAGAAAAGGUCCUGCCGAUCCUCCAGAAAGCCAUAGAUGGCAUCAAGGAAGAAUUUGCCGACGCAGUCGCACAUGGGAAUGGCAUCUACGCCGUAGGAUAUUGCUUUGGGGCCAAGUACGUUCUGCUUCUGGGCUCUGAGCUAUAUGCAGAUGUGGCAGCUGGACAACGAUCGCCGGAAACGGAAGCAGAGGAAGGCAUGGCGAAGAAGGGGCCUGCUAUCAAGGUGGGAGCCAUCGCUCACGGCACGCAAAUCACAGUCGGCGAGCUCGAGAAUUGCAAAGUGCCGCUGUCCAUCGUCGCAGUCGAGGACGACAGCCUGUUCCCAGACGAGAUCCGAGAAGCAGGUGUCAAGAAGCUGCAGGAGAAGAGCACGGAGCAUGAGGUCCAGGUGUAUCCUGGAGUGCCCCAUGGUUUUGCUGUGUUGGGUGACUAUGAAGACGCAACGAUCAAGGAGAAGCAACAGGAUGCGUUUCAGCAAUUACUGCAGUGGCUCAAGUCACACUGAGCCGUUAGUUGCGUCAAUAACUGAUCAUAUACAUGUAGCUCAGAGCAUUCCAUGACCAGAGAGAGAGAUGUCCGCUCGCCUAUCAUUGAAU